GCAAAGGGCGGCGCGUUUGGAGUCCGUUUCUAAAUGAAACUGCCAUUACUCAGCGGACAUUUUGGCUCUGCGCAUACUGUCUCGUCACAGUGUGACCUUCUCUCAUGUUUGAGCCCGAAUGACGCCAGUUUCCUUGACGCUGUUGAAGACGCACUAGACGUGAAAACAGCGCCAUUUCUGUCGGCGUCCAUGAUAGCUAUGCGACUGGAACAGAUUCCAGAGCUCGAGCUCGGAACAGCAGCGGGAGAGAAAUAGCCGCUCCCCUCUCGCUGCUUCUCUUAACUUCAGCCAACGGCAGGUUGUGCCGGUGAAGUAAGACGUAGCCCCAAAAUGGACCCCUCUGACUAAAAUGCAAACACGUCUUGUGUUUUGCUCAGAAGCUGAAAUCUAUCAGCAGCAUUAAGCCAUGCCUGAUGAGUAACAUCCCCCCUUUUUGCUCAAAGCAAUAAAAAAAAAAGAAAAGGAAAAAAAAAACAUUCUACAUGCCUCCCCAUGUAGUUUGUACUGCUGGAGUGACAGCCUCCUCUUUCAGAUAGGUUAAUCGCCUCUGCACCUUUCUCCACCAACCACCCAACAGUAAAUACCUAUCAUAAUGUUGCUCUACCCAAGAAUGGCCAAUACCUGAGGUCCCAUGCGUCCAGUGAGCACCGAUUCAGACGGUCCUGCUCCUCCUGAGAACCUCUCUUGCCCCUACCCUCUUGUGGGCCCCCUGCCUGCCUCAAAGAUGUCGCUGCUCCAUUCGCUGGGUCCAGUGCAAAGCUGGCUAGGCCAGGAGCUUGAGAAGUGCGGGAUUGAUGCCAUGAUUUACACCCGCUAUGUUCUCAGUCUUCUCCUGCAUGACAGUUAUGAUUAUGACCUACAAGACCAGGAAAAUGACAUCUUCUUGGGAUGGGAGAAGGGAACGGGGAAGAAAUGGGGCAAGAGCAAGAAGAAGGGAGGGACCGAUCUGAGUCUUGAGGAAAUGAAGAAGCAAGCCGCUGUGCAAUGUCUCCGCUCUGCAUCUGAUGAAAACUCUGGAAUUGAAAGCCUUGUUGAAGAGCUUUGCUCUAAACUGAAGGAGAUCCAAAACAAACAGAAAGAGGAAAAACAGAUUAGAAGGAAAUCUGAUGGCUCUCAGUCUCCAGAACGUGUUGAGUCCCCCUCUUCAAAGGACCAGGUGGAAAUGUAUUAUGAAGCCUUUCCUCCUUUGUCAGAGAAAUCUGUUUGUCUCCAGGAGAUUAUGACAGUGUGGAACAAGGCUAAGGCCUGUACGUAUUCAAGCUCCUCAUCCUCUGCAGCCCCACAAACUAGCACAGACACCUCUUCCCCCAAAGAUUGCAACAGUGAAGGCGAGGCUGCAAAGGAGCGAAACCUAGAGGCGUGUGGUACCAUCACUACUGUAACCAGCGAGAGAGGCCAGCAACGACGAGGCAAGAAGGAGAAAGAAAACAGAUAUCACAGUGGUGCAACAGCAGAGGAGAAACCUACUGUCCACUCUAAGAGACAGAUGAGACACAGAUCUGAGGGCAAAUACCGACCAAGAUCUUGGUCUUCUGGCUCUAGUGAGGCAGGCUCGAGCUCAAGUGGGAACCAGGGUGACUCGAAGUCAUCAAGAAGCAAGGCAGUUAGAAUAAGGCACAAGUCCAGGGAGGCUGCAAAGAACAGGAGAACACGCAACAGUGGGCAAGUGAAGCUGCAGGUGAAGGUUCUUGAUAAAGAAGAGCGAAGAAACACUGGAGGGAGCAGUAGUGGCACCACUGGUGGCACUGCCAAGCAACCACAGCCUUACAAAAAGGGGAAGAGACCGCUGAAAGAGAUUCGUAAAGAUCCAGGCUGGGUGGAAGCAAAAGAGUCCGGAAUUGAGGCCAGGAACAGAAAAGAAUACAUGGAGGAGCCACUUUGGUACACUGAGCCCAUAACAGAGUAUUUCAUACCUUUCAGCAGCAGAGAAAGCAAGCUGGAAACAAAAUAUCGAAGCAAGGUAGAUUCUCCCGGUGGCUUUUCCUUGUCAACCAACAUGGAGAGGCUGCCGGAGAGAAUCCAGGGAAUCUACAUCGCCAAUGAGUACCAGAGAGCAUACCUAGCAGCAGGCUCAUUUGUGGAUGGGCACUUUGUAGAAGGGCCUGGCGAAGCAGACGAUGAAGCUGCUGAACUCACUGGGACCUCAAGCUGCCCUCAGCCAGAGGAUAGUAGAGAUUUAGAUGACAAGCAUCUGUCUGAAUUCACUCACUUCUAUGAAGUAGAUAUUUAUCAAUCCAUAUUGGAUACUAGUGCCUCAGAUUCAAUACAAGAGAGUCGGAUCUUAAGCAUGAUUCGACAGAAAAGCAAAGAGCAAAGAGACGUUGAGGCAGAAUGUUGUUUAGUGUUAGAUGGCCUUGAGCAGCAAGGGAAAAGUGCAAUGCAGGAAGCUUCAGGAUCUGUUGGAUAUUUAAUGGAGGAUCUUGAAAACAUGGCGCAAGUUUGGGGAUGUUAUUCACCAUCUACUUCAGAGGAUAUAGAUGGAGAAAGCUUCAUAGGAGACUCUCCCAUCCGUCUCUCUCCUCUCCUCGAUAGUGUUUCAUUCACACUGAGCAAACUGUCAGGACAUCUGGAGGAGUGCCCCGUUCCUGAAGCCACCAGUGAACAAUCCUGCUUCUCUCUUUUCGAGCUGCAGUACGACAGUCCUACUUUUCCUUUUCCAUGCGACUCACUCACUGUUGGUCACGAAAACAACACCGAUUCUAGUAGCUGUCUUGACCCACAUUCUAAUAAACAGUCUCGUUUGCUAAUAUGGACCAAAAAUAGUGCCUUUGACGAAACUGAACACUGUUCCAACCUAUCAACGCGAACGUGCAGUCCGUGGUCUCAUUCGGAGGAGACUCGUUCUGACAAUGAGCAAGGAAACGUUCCAGCAGAAGAUGUUGCUCAAAUUGGCAGUGAAGAGAUUAACUGUAUAAUACCUCCUCUGACUAGUACAUAUCUCGAGGAUGAAAUCUUGGAUUUUUUGCAAGAAGACUCUGGCCGUAAGUGUGAGGAGGUCAGUGUUAGCACAGCAUCCAAUCAGACCUUCACCAAAAAAUCUAAAUUGGAGUCCAUUUGUGGUAUAGCUUUGGAAGAGGACGAGAGUAAACAGUAUAGCACUGGCAUGUUUUCGGACAACACAAACCAACAGAGUGACAACUACACCUCAGGGAUAAUAAAAGACAUUUGGACUGCAAUUGGAAACGGCAAAUCUGUAACGUCACGUCAAAGAGCAGAAAAAUCCAGCGAGGGCCUCUUCUCAGAGGAGUCAGGUGGUUACUGCUGCAGCUGUCUGGAGGUGCAGGCGAAAGGAGCUCCAAUUCAGGGACCUCAGAAAAAAGCAGUGCAGCGGUCAGAAUACCACCUGUGGGAAGGCAAGAAAGAAGAACAGGACUUGGCCAAAAACAAACUCUCCAAGUUAGAUGGUGCUGGGGAUUAUAUGACUCCGUCCAAGCCCUGGGACUUGAACUCUGACAAGGAGAGCACGUCGUUCAUCCUAGGAGGGGUAUAUGGAGAGUUGAAGACACUAAGCGGUGAUAAGAAUUGGGCUGUUGUGCCACCAAGUAAUGCCCAAGAUAACCUGCUGCAGUGCGCUGCUGCAGCUGCAUCUGCUUCAGGCUCAGAUAUGCUCACCAUCACUGGCACUGAUGUGUUCAUGAACACAAGCAGCUGCUUUGCACCUGGGCACAGGCCCCUGUGGAGGCCCCUGGUGUCCUUUGGGCAGAGUGACCAGGCCAUUAGAGGAGGCGGCGAUGGAUUGAAUAAGGGAUUUUCUUUCAUCUUCCAUGAAGAUUUGCUUGGAUCUUAUGGAGGCCUGCAUAGUGAGGAUCAAGGUUUAGAAUACCCAUUCGCAUCCUUCAACCUGAACAGUCCCUUCUCUCAAGUCCUUCAUGUUGAGUGUUCCUUUGAGCCUGAGGAUAUGGCGUCAUUCAGUCCAGGGUUCAAGCCAAAAUCUAUUCUUUGCUCAGACUCUGAGAAUGAAGCUUUUCACCCUCGAAUAUAUGGCAUCAAUCGGACACAGUACAGGGCCAUUCGUAUUUCCCCCAGGACCCAUUUCCGACCAAUAUCUGCCUCUGAGUUGUCUCCUGGUGGAGCGAGUGAUUCUGAGGCUGAGUCUGACAAAGAGGAGGCGAGUUUUCCCGUCCUAGCACCAGUUGACGUCUUCGAUGAUCCUCAGGCAGACCUGAAACCUUUGGAGGAGGACGCAGAGUGCGAGGGCCCUUAUUACGGGAAGUCAGAACUGGAAUCUGGUAAAUUCUUACCCAGAUUAAAGAAGUCUGGCAUGGAGAAGAGUGCUCAGACCUCUCUGGAUUCACAGGAGGGCUCCAGUACCCUCCUGCCAAUCGCUGAGCAAGAGAUUUGCUUAGACUGCAAAACAGCAGCAGCUGUUACCAGUGCAGGUGGACAGACGGACACUUCAGUCACCAAGAUUCAAAAAGACGAAUCUUCAGGAGAAAAGCGGUUCUGCUUAUGUUCACCAACUGGUCACAUUCCCAAGUAUGGGAUUGCUUACGACUUUAUUGGAGAUGUGUCAGAGUUCUCUCUGUUAAAUACAGGUGAACAGGAAGGAACUGGGAACCAGCAAGAUGAGUGCUGGUGGCAGAACACAACUUGUUCCCCCCUCUUCCCUGGAUCUCAGUGCACAGGGAGCAGCAACAUUUGAAUAUUCUACCUGUUGCAGAGAGGAAACCUUUCUUCCUCUCCUUUUGUGACUGGACCUCUACCAGCAAUGAUUCAGGGUCAUCUCAGAGCUGGAAAACCUAAUUUAGGCUCAUUUUUUUCUGAGACGCCCCUCCAAAUCCCACAAUGCAUAAACCCUGUUGGUUUUCAUUUUCUAACUUUAAAAAAGAAAAAAAAAAAAGGAAAAAAAAACCUUGUGUAAUCAACAAUCGGAUCAACAAAAAUAGGAAAAUUAAAAAAAUAUGUUCUGUCUUUGAGUGAUGCCAUGUGCGGAUGUGCAUUUUUAGGCAUUUAGGCAUUUUUUUCUUUUUUCUUUUUUUUUUUUUUAGAAUUUGUUUGGGUUGAUUCUUUUGUACACUGGUCCUUUUUCAAGUCUCACAGUUACCAGGAGGGACAAUCUUUUGUUCUGUUGUUGUCCAUUUUGUUCCCACCAUUUUUGCUUUUGAACUACGGUAGGUCUCUGAUAGUUGGUGGUGUUUGAAUGAUUGUUUGGUAUGUUUGUCCAGCCUCACUACUCCUUUGUAGUUGUGUGAAAACGACUGCUAUCGCAUCCUCUACUUACAAGAUUGUGUUCAGAAAGACGAUACAACAUUUUUUUUCUUUGAAUGACAUCAUAAGACUUUUAAGAGUUCAGUUUAAAAGUUUAAAUAGUUUGUUUGGAUGACUUUCUGAAUGUGAAGUAGAGAAUGUGUGCAGCUUCAUUCUGAAUCUCUGUUCCCCAUGUGAGAAAAGCUUUCUUUUUUUUCUUUUUUUUUUGAAUGGUGAUAGUCCUUUUGGAAUCUAGCAGUAGAUAUAGUGUGGUUUGUGAGUCGCAAAAAUAUUAAACAAAUGAAUAAAAAUAAGGAAAUCAAAUGAGUUUUUUGUUUGGCAAAAAAUACUAAUAAUCUACUUGAAAAUGCAAUGCUGUAAAAGACACUGGGGGGCAACGUUUGAUUUAGGGUAAUAACCCAUCAUGAUAAGACAUGACUACAGUCUUUGUUUUCUUUUAAUGUUUUGUUUUUCUCUCCAGAGACCUGCAUUGCAAUUGAAUGAGAUAUCUGUUGUUGUUGUUUUUUUUGUUUAUUUGUUUUUUUGGGGUGGGAGGUUGUGUGUGGUGCGUGAGAGUGUGUGUGUUUUGAGGGGGGGUGUCUCUUUGUUUCUUUUGUAAUUUUAAUGGUACAGACUAUUGGUGCUAUAAAUAUGUUGAAAAAUAUUUUGAAGUUGCAGUUUUAUUAUAUGACUCUUGAUUUAAAGAUGACACAAAUUUUGUUUGUUGUCCCUCAGAUAACCUAUAAGAAAAUUAAUAGAAAACUUGCCCUUCCUGGUUAAUUUGGCUGGAUUUUUAUUUUAAUGAAGCCUACCUGUUGUCUCACCUGUAACAGCAGAAGGAGAAAUACUUGCAGGUAGUAAGUCUUCAUUUUCUAUCCUUCCUCGGAAAGGCCAAAACUGGUUCUCCCUGCUGCAGCAAAACAGAUUAAUAGCAGUGUAAGUGGUGGGGCAAAUGUUCAAACCAAAAACAGGCGUAAUUACACUAAGGUACAAAUGCUUUUUGUUCUCCAUAUGGGUUUUGUUUUUAUUUUAUUUUUAUCUUUUGGUGUUCACUAUAUCAUGUUGAAAUGAAAUAUUAAGUAAUGUCACUGUGUGUUUGUGUGUUGGCAUAGAACUUGUGAAACUACUGGUUCAGAGUGAGUGGUUUUUUUUAUUUUGUUUGUUUGUUUGUUUGUUUUUAAAAAAAUAUGUGUAUGGUGAGCUUCACCUUCAUGAAUUUGGCCUAGCUUGAACUAAAACCCUGACCCAAUUGGCUACCAAUUUGUCGUGGCACACAUGCCUCCCUGUGUGACCUUUGCAUUUGAAACCCCAAACUAUUUGCAGAUAAGCAUGUUUCCUAAAAGGUGUUUUUCUGUCUGAUCUUUUAUUAUCUUCUCAUUUGAGGAUAGUAGCAGUGUGUGUAUAUAUUCUUUUUAUUUUCAUAUUUAAUUUUUUUUUGUCAUACCAUACCCCAAACUGAAGCACAGAUUACCAAAAUCAUCCCUCUGUCAUGAGUACAUGUCAGCAGUGUACACAGUAAUGCACUGUCGCAGGUAAAGGUGUUUUUAUUUCGGGCAUGGCUUUGACAUGGCUCUGUAGAAAAUUAAGAUUUGAAGGUCCAAAGUUUUAGUCCAAUGCCGCUUGAUUUUUAAAAAAAGGGCCCCCAAGUAGCUGAAUGGAAGGUACUUAACUUCAGGGUCUUGUCACCUUUCUUUGAGACACUCAGGAAUUUUUUAAUAUAAGCAUACUGCAUAGUCUACACUCAGACCUGUGGCAGUGCAUUGAUGCAUCAAUGUAAAACGUUUUCUUCGAUUGUUGAACAAAUUAUUGACAGGAGUUCUUUCCAAACAGCAGAGGUGACUGUCAUUAAUUUAGAGCUGUAGUUUUAGGAAGGGGAAAAAAAAGAACUAAGCCAUUGUAAAUUGCAUAAGCAAUGUAGAAGGGAGUCCCACGAGCCCCGAGUCCUAUGCAAUACCUUGGCGCAUGGAAACUUUGAAGAGAAUAUGGAGAAAUGUCAUUUAGUUACUUUUGCAUGUGGAUCGCUUUUGAGUGAGGAACACAUGAGACAGAAAAAACAAACUUAUGGAAUGUCUCUAAAAAUACAGCAUGCAAACAUCACACUCCAUCUUAUUUAGUUGGAUUAUUAUGGGUAAAAAAAAAUAAUCUUACAAGUGAGGUUAAAGUGAUUGAAAGAAAGCUAUGACUGUGUGUGUGAAACUGUCAGUGAAUGUGUGCAAGAAAUCACAAAAAACACUUACUUGGGAGUUCUGUAUUUAACUCUUCCAUUUUGAUAGGCUGUGUUUGAAACAAAACAUGUGACGAGUAAACGCAUUCAGAGAGGGUUUAUGUGUUCGGAGAGACUUCUUACAAGCAAACUUUCAACUGCGCUGUGUUCUGAAGAGCAUAUCCAGCACAGAAAACCCAAGUUUUCCUCGUCUGCUCAUUCCCAAGUAGAUGAUGCUCCUUUGCCCUCCCUCUUCUCUAUGUUCCUGAACCCUAUGUAUCCUGCGUAGCUGUGUUCUUAUUUCAUGUUCACCCUGAGUAAAUUAUUUUUGUUUCAUUGUGGAUUUUCUUAACAUCUAAUAAAGGAUUAAACCAAAA